CAAGGCAUUUAUAAGCGUAGUACCCCACUCGGUGGCUCGUGCGACACACAUAACAGAGGUUAAAAAAUGUUAUCCGCAACCACAACUGCAUUUGUUUCCAAGGUUCCGAUUGCUUUUCCUUCUCUUCCACCACCAAAUCCAUAUGUAAGUACGUGCGGAAUAAACAAUGAUGGGCAAAUUGGUCUUCAAAGAGUCACUGCGUCUAAAACUAAUAGUCUCGGACUCAGACUUGUCACUAACUCGGUUUCUGGGGAUAGCAGUGCCUCAGUUGACGUUGAUGUGCCAUUCCCUAGUGAUUAUUUUGAGCUUCUUCAACAAGCCAGAAAAGCAACUGAAUUGGCUUUAAAGGAUAACAGACAGUUGAUGGAGAUUGAAUUUCCAACUGCCGGACUUGAAUCUGUACCAGGUGAUGGGGAAGGAGGAAUAGAAAUGACUGGAAGUAUGCAAUUGAUUCGUGAAUUUUGUGACAGCUUCAUAAAUCCAGAGAAAGCCACACGCACCAGAAUAUUCUUCCCGGAGGCCAGUGAAGUUCAAUUUGCAAGACAAUCAGCCUUUGAAGGAGCCUCCUUUAAGUUGGACUAUUUGACGAAGCCAUCAUUUUUUGAGGAUUUUGGUUUUUCCGAAAAGGUGAAAAUGGCAGAUCGAGUGAAGCCAGAGGAUGAACUGUUCUUGGUUGCCUAUCCAUAUUUCAAUGUCAAUGAAAUGCUUGUGGUAGAAGAGCUGUACAAAGAAGCUGUUGAGAACACAGCCAGAAAACUGAUAAUUUUUAAUGGAGAACUUGACCGUAUAAGAUCUGGAUAUUAUCCAUCUUUCUUCUACCCGAAGCUGGCCAAACUUUCCAAGACCCUCCUGCCUAUGAUGGAGACUGUAUAUUACAUUCACAAUUUCAAGGGACGCAAUGGAGGAAUCCUUUUCAGGUGCUACCCUGGUCCCUGGAAGGUCCUAAGAAAAGUGGGGAGUAAAUAUAUAUGUCUACAUCAGCAGGAAGUUAUGCCAUCCCUCAAGGAAGUUGCCUUGGAUAUUCUAAUCUCAGCUUGAGACGUCUGUUUUUUGAACUCAGCAGGUCUUUUCAAUUAAUAUCUAGUUGUUGAGACAAAAGCUAAGGUACACCAUGCAGACUGACAUAUGCAAGUUUUAGCAGUCAUGUUUCUUCUUUUCUCAGCUAAGUUAAUUUAAGCAUUCAAUUUUAAUUUGAAUUGAACAUCUUGGUCGCUGCAAGAUAUGGGGGCACAGAGUGCUUGGAAUACUUGUACAGGGUGUUUUCCAAGAGGAUCAAAUCACCUUCCAGCUACAUCAUUCUUCUGUGUAUUAUUUAUGAGAAAGCAUGGGCAGAAAAUCUAGGAGAACAAAAGCUGGUAUUGCUCAAUGGCUUUUAAAUGUAAAUACCAAAUGUAUUGGUGAUAUGUUGAUACUAACAUAUGAAGAAAAGCAAUAGCGUUAGAUACUGAUAUUUCUUAUAAUUUUUAAGUUCCUUACAUGAUAUUUUAUUAAUUCAGUAGUAUUACUAAA